AAAAAAACGCUUUAGAGAAGAACAUGGAAGAUAAAACUGGAAAAUCAGAGCAAAAUGUUACCAAAGAUAUGAUUUUGGAGAAAAAUACUUCACAGACGAGUAAUUUGUUGAAAAUUUCUGAAGAAAUAGACGAUGAUGAUGAUGUACCUCUUCAGUCAAGAGUAGACAAAUUGAAAAAAAACCGCCAAAAUGAUCCAAUUGUAGAUCCGGAACUUUUAAAAGAUAUUGACAAGUCAAUUGGUACGGAUUUAACAAUGUCUCCACUACCAAGUGAACAAAGUGAGAACAUUCCUGCUACUAAUGCAACAACUAAGAGUGUGUCUGCUACACAUAACACAACUGACAAAGAGAGCAGGGAUGAAAGCAAGCAAGAAGAAGUUCAACCAAAAGUGCAAAGCAAUCCAGUAAAGAAUAGUCUUGGCCAAAAAAAACCCAAAGAUGAUUCAAGAAUAACAACAUUAAAGGACAAGAUGCAAGAAAUACAUUUAGACAUAGAGAGAAACCCAAAAAAGUACAAAGAAUCGACAAUCAGAAUUAUGAGAAAUCUCAAAAGAAUGGAAAAGGCAAGCAAGGAAAUCAGGAAAGGUGAAGCAAAAAAGAAAGAAAAAGGGCCAAUAGAAGAGAAAACUGUGGAAAAAGAAGUACAAGAAGGAAAAAAAGGGACUGAAAAAGAGAAAAGCCCUAAAGACAAAACUGUGGAAGAUGUCUUUCCAAAGACAACAAAUGUAGAAGAAGGACAAGAGGGAAAAAAAGAGCCUGAAAAGGAGAAAAUCCCUAAAGAGAAAACAGUGGAAGAUGAGUCUACAAAGACAACAGAUCCGAAAGCACAAAUUGCACCUGAUUUUGUUCAAAUUGAGGAUGAAACUUAUCUUCUAGAUCAAGAUGAUGAUAAAGUUUCCACAAAACUUAGUGAGGAGACAGCUCCAUCAUCACAAAAAAGUGAUCAGUCAACCAAAAUGAAAACAAGAUACAAAAUGGUUGCAAGGAAAAACAAAAACAAAAGCCUUGUUGUUGUGCCAAGUGGUAGAAUUACAAGGAGCCAAGAUGUUCUGUUAGAUGAAUCUAAAAAGGGAAGCCUGAAGAAGGAUGUUGAGCCUGCUAAAGAAACCGCAAAAAUAGGACAGAAGAGAAGAAUGUCUACAAGGAAUUUUCCUAUUCAAAAGGAAGCUGAUGCACCACCUCCAGCACCUACUCCAAUAAAAAAAAUGGCAGGUGCUCCUGCUGAAUAUCCUCCAGACCAAGGCAAAAAGGGUGGGAAAAAGAAAACUCUAGAAGUGAAGAAAACUUCUAAGGUUGCUGGCAAAAGAAAAGCAGAUGUCAGUCCUGCCAAGAGAAAUGCUGGAAAGAGAAAAAAAAUACAAGAAGUACCAUCAGAUGAACCCUCUCAAGAUCCUGACAGUGAUGAUGAUAGUGAAGAGUCAGUUUAUAGAGCAGAAGAAGAGCCUGUCAGUGAGGAUGAUUAUGAGGUGGAGGAAGAGGAGGAAGAGGAAGAAGUAAAGCCAAGGAAGAAACAGGCAAAGAAAGGGAAUUCAGUGAAGGCAAAGGUUGAAAAGGAGGAGCAAAAGAUGGUACUGUAUGAUGAAGGAAAGAUUGAAGGUAGGAGAAAAAAGAAAAUGAAAACUGAAAUGGUUCAAGCAAUAGAAACUGAUGAAGUUGAGGAAAUUCAGGAAGAUGAAUUUGAGGAAGAGAAAUCUUCAAAGAGAGGAGGACAUGUGAAGUUCAUUGCAUGGAUAAAAAAGAUGACACCUACCCAAAAACAACAAAUUAUUGAUAUAGGGUUAGGAUCACUUCUUGACAUUAGUUUACCUCAACUUGAUCAAAAGUUCUGUAACUGGUUAUUGGGAAGUUUUGAAGAAAAUAGCCAGUAUUUUGAACUACCAAAGAAUGAAAAAAUAGAAAUUGAGGUAGAGGAUGUUAGGGUAGUUUAUGGCUUGCCUACAGGAGAAAUUCCAAUUGUUGAGCCAAAGUCUGAUAAAAUUAGUGAGGAGUAUGCAGAAUUUCUGAAGAAAUGGAGAAAAUCAUGGUCAGGAAAAACUCCAUCAGUGAGUCAGAUUGUGAAUGGAUACAUAAAUGAUAAAUUCACCAACAACAGACCACCAAGUGAACAUUUCAUUACUAACUUUUUAGCAGUGGCUGUGAACUGCUUGAUGAAAUGUGUAUCAAACAAUCAAUGCCAUUUCAAAUUUCUUUAUUCUAUGAUGGACAAAGAAAACAUAAAAAAUUUGAACUGGUGUCAGUUUGUAUAUGACUCACUUAUUAAAUGUCAUGUUGAUUGGAGAAAGCAGCAAGGCAAGGGGUUCUACAAAGGCCCUCUUCAAUUUCUGAUGUUGUUCUAUUUUGAUAGAGUUCAGAGGUUAGACAAAAGGCCUCCAAGAACAAUUCCUAUCAUAUCUGCAUGGAAUAGAGACAUGGUUCUUGAGAGGUUGAAGAUUGAAUUAGAAUUGGGAUUUGGGAGAGGGAAAAUUCUACCAAGGAUUGCUGCAGAAGUUGAAGAAAGUCCUAAGGUUUUUAUGGAUGAUUUUGUUUCCCUGGUAAAAACAACUUGUUCAAACCUGUCAAAGCUUUCUUCAAAAUUGGUGAAGGCAAAGGAUAUCUUCCCUGGAAAUGACUUGGUGAAAAAAGUUGAUGAAGUUUUAGGAAAGGUGGUAGCUAGGGAACCAUCAAUUCUAAGCCAAGAUGAAGAAUUCUUUGGCAGUGAGGAUUUCCUAAAUGCACUUGCACAAGCUGAGAAGAAUCUGAUGCAAGGGUCUGAAAAGCAAACAACUGAGAAGCAAAUGACUGGGAAGAAAUUAACCAAAAAGGGAAAGGAAAAAGAACAAGAAUAUGACAUCAGAAAAGCUUUCAGCUUGGGGUUGACUCCACCUUCUCCAGCCAUUGAAACAGGGCCCACCUUUUCAACACUUGGUGAUAUAAUUGAACAACCAAUAAUUUCAACAAAUGCUGGAGAAAAGGAUGUGGGUAAAACUUCAGCAGCUUCAGAACAAAGAAUUGAAGAAUUUUCUAGAACUGCAACUGGUUCAAAACUUGAUGCUGACACUAGGUCAGAUAAUGAAGGAUUGCCUAGAACAGGAUCUGGUUCAGUGGUUGAUGCUGACCCUAGGUCAGAUGGUGGUGAAAAAAGUGAUGAUCCAAAAAACACAGUUGGAGGUGGAAAACAAAACAAGGAAGAUGGUGUUACAUAA